AUGGCCUACAACUUUGGCCUCGGUGCUCUGCUGUCCAGCCAGUCGAAGCAUCAGUCCUUCACCCGGGCCUAUGAUGCUUUUAUCAAGAACAACCCCGGUCUCGUGGCCCGGGUCAAGGACCAGCUGUCCAAGAAGAUGGAUGCCUCCUACAACUUCGAGUCCAUGCCCACCGAGUACAAUGCCUGGCUCGUGUUCCGCGGCAUCGUCGACCUCAUCCUCCUGUCGGACUUUGCCUCCUUCUUCAUGAUCUUCAUCGCCUUCGGCAACUGGACCCUCCCGGUGACCUCUGCCGGGUGGGCCACCUUCAUCGGGUGCCAGAUCCUCGGCGCCGGCCUGGUCGUGGCCAACUGGUUCAUCAAGGUUGACGCCCUGCGCGUGAUCAAGGACUUUGCUUGGUCUCCCUCCCAAGAGGCAGAGUGA